GGGGAGGGGGCAGCGAGCAGCUACUUCCUAAACCCAAUCCGAAUGCUCUGAACCAGGUUUGUUAUGUUGUCGGACACAACUUCCACAUUGUACCGUCAGUGACUGAAAAGACGGAGCGAAGCCUGCUGCUUCACUCUUACCUGCGGAGCCUUCAGGAGGCCAUAGCUGCUCAUUUCCUGGAUGGAGACGGACAGUCUGGUGACCGGGUCUGUGAACGGAGCCGGGGCAGACUAUGGCUCCUCUUCGGGCUCUGAGCACGGAGGUGCCCCGGGCAGUAGACGGAUGUCGUACUCUGCCAUCGGGGAGGCGUGUAGCGUUGACAGGGGUGCAGAGGAUGACAAGCUCUACACCCAACAAGCUGUUGUCUUCAUUGAGGAUGCCAUACAAUACCGGUCCAUCAACCACCGAGUAGAUGCCAGCUCACUCUGCCUCUAUCGAUGGUACUACUCCCGCAUAUGUCAGUGGGGCUUGGGACUGACAAUUGCAGUGUUGUUGUUGCUGGCCUUUGUGGAGCGUCCCUCCUCUUUGUCUGUCUCCUCAGACCCCCGACAUCGCUCCCCGGCUUGGGAGCCUCCUUGCGGCUUCACUGAGAGCUUCGAGAUGGUCUGCCUCAUAAUUUUCUCUCUUGACCUCACAGUCAAGAGCUACCUGAUUGGCUGGGAGGAAUUCAGGAAGAACAAAUGGCUAAUUGGCUACACUGUUGUCCUUUCAGUCUCCAUCAUCGACUGGAUGCUGUCUGUCAGCAUGGUGUGUGAUGAGAAACUGAGAGUGCGACGACUCCUCCGGCCCUUUUUCCUCCUGCAAAACUCCUCCCUGAUGAAAAAGACAUUGAAGUGCAUCAAGAGGACUCUGCCUGAGAUUGCUAGUGUCAUCCUGUUGCUGGCGCUCCACCUCUGCCUCUUCACCAUGAUCGGAAUGUUGCUGUUUGCUAAAACUGAGGAUCCAAAGAAGAACGGGGAGUGGGAGAUAUAUUUCAGAAACCUGCCAACGUCUCUUACCUCUCUGUUGGUACUUCUCACCACAGCUAAUAACCCUGAUGUGAUGAUUCCUGCCUACUCUCUGAACAGAGGAUACUCCAUUUUCUUUGUCACGUUUAGUGUAAUUGGAACCUACUGUUUGAUGAAUCUACUGACAGCUAUCAUUUAUAACCAGUUCAGGGGAUAUUUACUAAUGUCAGUCCAAACAUCAAUCAUCAGGAGACGACUGGGGAUCCGAGCUGCUUUCCAAGUCCUCAGCUGCCAAGGAGCCCAACAGUCCACUGAGGAGCAUGUUGGUGUUGAUUCGGUGCUGGAGAUGAUGUCCAGAGUCCAGAUGAAAAGCUACUACAAAGCCGCCAUUACUACGGAGGCACAGCAGUAUGCUGAAGCCGGCCAGAUAGAUCGAGAGCAGUUCAGAAAGAUAUUUGAUGAGCUGGAUAAAGAUCGAAUCAAGGAGCACCCUCCCUUGCCUCAGUACAACUCUCCAGUCCUACAGAGGCUCCAGCUGAUCUUCAGUCACUACUAUCUCAAUAUACUUGGCAAUGCAGUGGCACUGGCCAAUGUCAUGUGCAUAUGUACUGUCCUUGUAUUAAACUCUGAAAUGUCCACAGCAGAGAGAGACAACUUCUUGUUGGAGAUUAUCAACCUCUGCUUCAUCCUCUACUACUUGUUUGAAAUGAGUGUCAAGAUCUUUGCCUUCGGUUGGAGAGGAUACCUCUCCUACAAGAACAACAUCUUUGAUGGCUGCCUUACCAUCGUGCUACUGGCUCUACAGAUAACUAUUUUUGUUACCUACUGGCUUCCUCAUUCAAAGUGGGAGAUGAUUCGUUUGGUCAACAUGCUGAUCGUCUUCCGCUUCCUUCGCAUUAUCCCAGAUAUCAAGCUCAUGGCUUUGGUUGCAAGCACGCUGUUGGACCUGGUGAAAAAUCUUCGAGCCUUUGCAGGGAUACUGGUGGUGGUGUACUAUGUGUUUGCUGUGUUUGGGAUCUGGCUGUUUGAAGAGGCCAUUAAACCUCCUCCAGAGAUGAGUGUGAUCUCCAAUUCCUCCAUGGAUAACAUCACCUCUAACUUCAGUAUGGAGUGUGGCACAUAUGAACAGCUCGAAUACUGGCCAAACAACUUUGAUGACUUUGCUGCAUCCAUCAUGUUGCUGUAUAAUGUCAUGAUAGUUAACAACUGGCAGGCCUUCAUGGACGCAUACAGUAGAUACACCACAGAUUGGGCCAAGGUCUACUUUGUGUGUUGGUGGCUCACCUCCUCUGUCAUGUGGGUCAACUUGUUUGUGGCGCUCAUCUUAGAGAACUUUACCUACAAGUGGGACCGGAGUCACAGCUGCUCUGUAACAGAUGUUGAAAGAAUCCGGUAUGAAACGUCCGUCCAGCUUAUAUUCAAGGGGCAGAUACAGGAGCCAACAGAAGAAGAGUUACUUUGUCAACUACACCUACAUCCCCACUUAAACCUACACUAGUGAGACACACACACACACAACACCAGCUCCAUCUGCAGUGAAGAGCACUGAGAGGUCAAUGGUCCAUUCUACUUGUUUAAUUGAAUGUUUAUUAUAUGAAUAUGUUACUUCUACUACUGAAACUAGUAUGUUUUCAUAUUUUCAUGAGUAAAACCACUGUGAGCUGCAGUUUCAGUUGUGCAGGGGUCAACCAUUGUGUGGAGGUCAGAGGUCAGCAGGAAUCAGUGUGUGGAAAUGUUACUGCUCCUUGUGUGCAUCACUACUCUACUGCUAUUUCUCAUUGGUAAGGACUCGCUAUUGCUAUUGUUUGCUUGAUAUUUUAGAUUUGGCAUUCCAUCUGUCUGAUCUAAGUCUGGUGAAUUUGUUAGCAAAGAAUAUCUUGAAAACUGCUUCUUUAUAGCGUAUUGGGUGCUUGUUUACAAACACAAAAGGGAUUUUAUCUUAAGUCAUAAGUUAUGAAGCUUCACCAGCUUUUUAUCCUUUUACUUGCUAUAGUUUAUGCUGUUGUGCUUGAUAAUUAUCUUAGAUUUGUGAUGUUAAUAUUUUUGUCGACCUGCGAUGCACAAACACAAACACACACAUCUUAUUGAAAUCUGAUAACAGGUGUGUGAUGGACACCGUUCUGACAGUGCAACACAUGGAACCAAUUAAAAAAAAAGAUCAGGAUGGAAGAUAAUUUCAUACUUAAAUGUUUGGGCAUACAGUAUAAGUUCUUUUACAUAUACAGUAUUGCAGGUCUGGGAACAUUGUGCCUUUUGUCUAUCAAUGUGACUGGUAAUAUGUGACAGUCUCUACGUAUAAAAAGGGAUAAGAUCAAGUGUGCUUUGUGCUAUUUAUAUACUUCUGAAAUAUUUUUGUAUUUUGAAUGUAUAAGAACACUGGGAGAAAAUCCUCUGAUAUGUGACUAGUAGAUUGUACUUAAUUCUGCAUUUGAUCAACUGUUUGUGAAAAAUGGUCCCACAGUUCUAAAUAAAUAUUUUACUAUUUUACUAUUUACUAUA